CAUCAUCACUCCAUCAAUUCACCACUCUCCCCCCUCUUCUUCUUGACUUCAAUAUUCCGUUCUCUUUUCAACUUCAUUUUCACUUCACCAUCAUGCACGCCUUCACAAUCGCAACCGUCCUUGCCGGUGCUCUCAGCGUCGAAGCUGGACCCCUCAAGCACGCCAAGCGAGUUCUCAUGGGCCGUCUCGACGAUGGAGCUCACGAGAUCGAGCACAAGUUCCAACCUGCCACCGAUUUCGACAAGGAUGGCUGCUACUACACUUCCGCCAUCGACAAGGAUGGUAACACCAACCGCGGUCUCAGCCAGAAGGACGUUUACUUCAAGGGCCCUGCUGAUGAUUGCCGUGAGCCAAACCGCCUGGAGAACAACAAUGUUUAUAGCCGAAAGCGCUGUAACAAUGGUUGGUGUGCUAUUAUGUAUGAGUACUACUUUGAGAAGGACCAGUCUUCUUGGGGUACUAUCAACGCUGCCGGCGGCGGUAACGGUCACACUCACGACUGGGAGAACAUCGUCGUGUUUGUUCAAGGCGAAGAGGUCAAGCGCGUCGCUCCCUCAUGCCACGGCGGCUACGAACACGCCACCAACACUCCCCGUCUCGACGGCCAGCGCGCCAAGGUCGUCUAUCACAAAGACGGUGGCUUCACUCACUGCUGGCGCAUGGCCAACGAAGCCGACGACGACGUUGAGAACUACACCGGUCAGUGGUUCAUCGGUAACCUUGUUGGCUGGGACAAUUGGCCUGUUGUCAACGGUCGAUCUCUGCGAGACUACCUCUUUGAUGCUUGGAACGGUGGUGUUGGUCCUAAGUUCUGGGAUAAGGAUGAUAGCUUUACUAAGAAGCUUGGUGAGGCUGCUGGUGAUCAGUGCCCUGGUUUUGAUCCCGCCAAGGACGAGUAGGGCCAUAUUUCCGGCGUCGACAUGUAGACUUUAGGGCAUAUUCCUUUUCUUCAAUUGUUUAUAGACAUUCACAUUCCGGUUUUCACAUAGUUCAGGUACUUUUAAAUGCAAAGUUGAGGCUUCGAAAUAUUUG